CUCUCUAAGACGUGACUCACAUGACGAUCAUCAUUUUCCCAGCCGUUUUAACCACCAUGCUCCUCCUCCUGGCCGCUGCUGAACCAUCGCCAGCUUCACCACCCGGCUGCAGCGAUGAACUGGUGGCCUUCUCUCCGUGCCUCGGCUACGUGUCGGCACCGCCAAACAGAGUCACAGACACGGCGACUGCUCGGUGCUGCGAUGCCUUCUCCAAGGCAUUGAAUUCCAGUGACGGUAACUGCUUCUGUUACCUAAUCAAGCAGCCUCUAAUCUUCGGAUUCCCAUUGGAUGAAUCCAGAGUGAUUGCUUUGCCUUCUGCUUGCUCUCUGUCAAGUCCUGUAUCUUUGGACUCGCUCUGCUCAGGGUCUCCAGCACUGCCCCCUCUCCGAGGCACGACAGCUUCAGUGCCUGGUCCUGAUGAUCUUCAUCAAUUAGCACCAAGUUUGCCACCAGAAUCUGUUGAUGGAUCACCCGCAAGCCCAGUUUCACCUAUAGCACCAGCAUCGCAUUCAUCAGCAGAGAAACACAACAGCAACGGCUGGUUUCUACCUGGAGUCCUAACUCCCACUGUAAUCUUCAAUCUGUAUUGUUGCAAUCAUCGUAUGCUUACCACUUGA